CCUCGCAGCAAGGCAGCGGCUGGUAAGAUGCUGCUGUACGAGUCGUUUGCCCAGGCCACUGCGCUGGGUGACCUGCACACCUGCCUCAUGAUGGAUAUGAAGGCGUGCCAGGAGGAUGAUGUGAGGCUGCUGUGCUACCUGACCCCCUCCAUCUACUCCGAGUUCCCCGAUGAGACGCUGCGCAGCGGAGAGCUCCUCAACAUGAUCGUGGCCGUCAUCGACUCCACACAGCUCCAGGAGCUGAUGUGUCACGUCAUGAUGGGAAACCUGGUGAUGUUCCGCAAGGACUCUGUCCUCAACAUCCUCAUUCAGAGCCUGGACUGGGAGACGUUUGAGCAGUACAGCACAUGGCAGCUCUUCCUGGCUCACAACAUCCCUCUGGAGACCAUCAUCCCCAUUCUGCAGCACCUCAAGUACAAAGAACACCCUGAAGCCCUGUCGUGUUUACUGCUGCAACUCAGAAGAGAAAAGCCCAGCGAGGAGAUGGUAAAGAUGGUCCUGAGCCGGCCCUGCAACACUGAAGACCAGUUCACCACCAGUAUACUGCGGCACUGGGCAGCCAAGCACGAGGAUCUGCUGUCUGAACACAUCAAAGCACUGCUGAUCAAGAACAACAGCCUGCCGCGCAAGCGACAGAGUUUGAGGAGUUCCAGCAGUAAACUGGCCCAGUUGACUCUAGAACAGAUACUGGAGCACCUGGAUAACCUGCGACUCAGCCUGAGCAACACCAAGCAGAGCUUUUUCAACCAGACCCCGAUCCUACAGGCACUGCUGCAUGUCCAGGCAAGCUGUGACGAAGCCCACAAGAUGAGGUUCAGCGAUCUGUUUUCAUUGGCCGAGGACUACGAGGACUCCUCAUCCAAGCCAAUCAAGUCGCGGAGGAAGGCAGCCAUGUCGAGUCCACGGAGCCGUAAGGGACCCACGCAACCCAUGAGCAACGAGGAGGAGACGGGGAGCAGCAGCGCGUCGGACGAAGAGGACACCAAGCCCAAGGCUUCAAAGAGAAAAAGGAAAGGCUCGACCCCUGUGGGAUCAGAUAGCGACUGAUGAGAGGCCCAGCCCAUUGCCACACCCAGGCCCCACCCACCACCACCACAGAGAGACUGCCCCCCAGAGCCAGACCCCUCCCCCUGGAGCUAGAGACUGACCACCCACCACCACAGAGAGACUGCCCCCCAGAGCCAGACCCCUCCCCCCUGGAGCUAGAGACUGACUCCACCCACCACCACAGAGAGACUGCCCCCCAGAGCCAGACCCCUCCCCCCUGGAGCUAGAGACUGACUCCACCCACCACCACAGAGAGACUGCCCCCCAGAGCCAGACCCCUCCCCCCUGGAGCUAGAGACUGACUCCACCCACCACCACCACAGAGAGACUGCCCCCCAGGGCCAGACCCCUCCCCCUGGAGCUAGAGACUGACUCCACCCACCACCACAGAGAGACUGCCCCCCAGAGCCAGACCCCUCCCCCCUGGAGCUAGAGACUGACUCCACCCACCACCACAGAGAGACUGCCCCCCAGAGCCAGACCCCUCCCCCCUGGAGCUAGAGACUGACUCCACCCACCACCACCACAGAGAGACUGCCCCCCAGAGCCAGACCCCUCCCCCCUGGAGCUAGAGACUGACUCCACCCACCACCACAGAGAGACUGCCCCCCAGGGCCAGACCCCUCCCCCUGGAGCUAGAGACUGACUCCACCCACCACCACAGAGAGACUGCCCCCCAGAGCCAGACCCCUCCCCCCUGGAGCUAGAGACUGACUCCACCCACCACCACAGAGAGACUGCCCCCCAGAUCCAGACCCCUCCCCCUGGAGCUAGAGACUGACCACCCACCACCACAGAGAGACUGCCCCCCAGAGCCAGACCCCUCCCCCCUGGAGCUAGAGACUGACUCCACCCACCACCACAGAGAGACUGCCCCUCAGAGCCAAACCCCUCCCCCUGGAACUGAGCCAGUAAAACUCCACCCACUGCAUCUGGACAGACAUGGACAGCAGUGUGAGGUGUGCCUGCCUAGGGGAGGAGCAUCGAUAGAGUCUCGACCACAGUGCGUCUACAGCACACACCAUGCACGCUUUCAUUAGUCUGCUGGAAUGAAGCAUGGAAAUAUAUAAUGCACAUUUCAUAAGGCAAGGGGUUUCAAACUGAAUUUAUCAGGGGCCGGAUUGCAAUUUUAUUUUAGAUUUGCUGGCCAAAAAACAUUACUGUUGUUUUUGUUUACUUUAUAUCCUGUUAGAGGAACAUUAAUUGCUGGUAUAAUUCAGCUAUAUUGAACCCAGCCUGGCUCACUACAAGGUAAGGUCUUUCCUGAGGGUGACUCUUAUAUUGCAUUAGGCCAUACAGCGUGUGCAAGCAAGCCAGAAAAAAAGAUAUAAAAACAGCCUUUCCAGACAAACCCUGGUUUGGCCCCAGAUCUUUCGGUUUGACACCCCUGCUAUAAUAAGGAUUUAGUUACAUUUUGCAGUCUUGCGUGUUAUGGAAGGACAGUAGAGCGUUCAUUCAAUUGAAGUCAGACAUUGACCUGGAACUCCACCCACAGUAUUGACCCCUCCCAUCAAGGGUGUGGCUUAAGAGGCCCCUCCCACCUCUCGGUUGUGUGUAAUACUGUGGUGAAACAGAGGGGGCGGUAUCAACGAGUUAUAAAUACUGGAUCAGAAUGACAGACAGACUGACUUUUUGUGGUGGGUGCGUGCAAGAGGAAGAGACUUAAGAUUGUUUGAACUGUUACAUCGAUGAUAAAAAUGCCCAGAACUUUUUAAAUGAAGCGCUUCUUUUUACCGGCAUAUUUUCAUAUAAAACUAAAAACAAAGGUUAAAAAAAACAAAGACUGUAAAUAAACUUUAUCCUGUGAUGAACUGCUGAGACACGGUUUGGAAGAAGAUGAGACUAAAGUUCUUCUGGGUGUGUUUGAGCACAUCUUCAUCAUCAUGCCUUUUUUAUGGGGAGACGGGGUUGUUUAGUUUUUUUGGGUUGUCGGAUUGUCUGAUCCGAGCUGUACCUGUGUGAACGGACUCGCAUCACGGGUUAGUUCCUGACAGAGAGACUGAUGUGACACCCCCGCACAGCAAGGGGGCGCUGCAUACAAACCACGCAGUCUUGCUUUUGGAAGACUGCUUUUAACCAGACUUUCUGAUGAUCUUGUAUGUGUUUCUUUUUUUUUUUUUUUUUAAUAAAAAAAUGAACUAGACCUCA